AUGAAUGAUGAGAACACUUGGCACCUAAGUGACAAUGAGAAAAGGAUUGACAAUGUAAAGGAUAAAGUGUCAACUCUUGGUCAAAAGUGUCUUUUUCGGAAGUCCCCUUGCACAUUCGAUGAGCUGAACGGAAGGGAAUCAAGUGGACUUCAUAGUUUUGGCGAAGAAUCAAGUAUGCCAGAGAUUCUCACUAAUCGAGGCAAAGAAUUAGUCGAACACGAUGAAGGUUUUGAGCUACGCGUACAUUGGGCUUACUUUUUUCGUUGUCGACUCAAUUUGGGCAUUCUAGCCCCCAAAAGAGUUAUGCUAGGUUUUGAACACGAGAUAAAAGCAACGAUCUUGUCCAUGUAUCCGCUAGUCGAUGUCAACUAUUGUGCUUUUCAUUUUGCCAAUGCGCUUUUCCGCCAAGCACAGAUACGAGAUCUGGCAAGUCUUUACAAGGAUACUUCGACAAAACUAAUGAUAAAAGCAAAAACUUCAAUAUUACUA